AUGGCUUUCAACGAUGUUAAAAUCGAAACAUUUUUUGUUCAUGAUGAUGAACACUUUUUUCCUAAUAAUAAUCAUCUACCAGUUAUAGUCUAUCGACAAGUUUUUGAUGGUAAAUCAGUGUCUGCUUCGUCAUGGGAACAAUUAUUUAAGCAAAAUCAUUUUGGUAAAUCAUGGCACGAUGGUAUUUUUUCGUAUCAUCAUUAUCAUUCAACAGCGCAUGAGGCACUUGGCUGUUAUGGUGGCCGUGCGCAAAUACGACUAGCUCAUAAAAAUAUGGAACAAGAUAAUGCGUUUAGUGUUGUCGGAGCUUAUGAUACAGACGGGAAAGAUUACGAUAUGAAUUAUGGACAAAAUGCUGAAGAAAGAAGCAAAGCUGAAGAGAAUAUAAAACAGGUAAAAGUACCUCGAAUAGAUCCUGUUGUUGGCGACAACGGUGGUGUGAUUCAACAUUGGAAGAAUGGUUGUUAUCAUCGCGAAACAUAA